GUUUAUUCUCGUGUGAAAUGUUAGUUUUAUAUUUAAAUCGUGUUGUUAUUUAUGUGUUGAUAUUGUGAUAGUAGAUAUGAAAGUGAUCAUAUUUUGUAAAUCUAUUUUGGUAUCCGUAAAAUGGCACGGUUCAGGUUGGCGGCAGCGCAGGAGGCGGCGGGCGCGCAGGCCCGUGCGGCGCCAGCUGAUACCAUGGGCGGCGCCCACCAGCCCGCUACUCCGGGGCCAAGCUCGCUCUUUAUAUUCUCCGACGAAAACCCAAUUCGGAGGUAUACAAAGUUCAUCAUCGAGUGGCCGCCCUUCGAGUACGCGGUGCUGCUUACCAUCAUCGCCAACUGCGUGGUGCUGGCGCUGGAAGAGCAUCUGCCCAACGGCGAUAAGACCAUCUUAGCACAGAAUCUGGAAAAGACCGAGGCGUACUUUUUAGGAAUAUUUUGUGUAGAAGCCUCGUUAAAAAUUUUAGCCUUAGGUUUUGUUUUACACAGAGGUUCUUAUCUUAGAAACAUUUGGAACAUCAUGGAUUUUUUCGUUGUAGUUACCGGUAUCAUCACGCAGCUGCCAAUCGCGCCCGCAGACGUCGACUUCAGGACCUUGCGUGCCAUUAGGGUGCUGAGGCCCCUUAAAUUAGUAUCGGGCGUUCCUAGUUUGCAAGUUGUAUUGAAGUCGAUCAUCAAGGCGAUGGCUCCGUUGCUGCAGAUUGGCCUUUUGGUGCUUUUUGCAAUCGUCAUAUUUGCUAUCAUAGGCCUCGAGUUUUAUUCUGGGGCGCUACAUAAGACUUGUUAUAACUUAGAAGAUAUUAAUGAAAUAGUGAACGAUGGCGACAAUCCGACGCCGUGUAAUGCUGAUAAUGAAACGCUGGCACCGCAGGGGGCGUACGUUUGUACAUAUGAUAAGAGUACAUGCCUGGAAAAGUGGGAAGGGCCGAACAAAGGCAUCACCUCGUUCGACAAUAUUGGCUUCGCUAUGCUCACAGUCUUCCAGUGCAUUACAAUGGAGGGCUGGACCGCCAUCCUCUAUUGGACGAAUGACGCGUUAGGUAGUACAUUUAACUGGAUCUACUUUGUGCCUCUCAUAGUAUUGGGUUCAUUCUUUAUGCUCAACUUAGUUCUCGGUGUCCUUAGCGGUGAGUUCGCUAAAGAAAGAGAGAAAGUAGAAAAUAGACAAGAAUUUCUUAAAUUAAGAAGACAACAAAUGCUAGAGAGAGAACUUAACGGUUAUGUUGAGUGGAUUUGUAAAGCAGAAGAAGUUAUAUUAGCAGAAGAGAGGACGACAGAGGAAGAGAAACAGCACAUAAUAGAAGCAAGAAGAAGAGCAGCCGCGAAAAAGAAGUUAAAAAAGCUCGGAAAAAGUAAAAGCACAGACACUGAAGAGGAAGAACAAGAUGAAGACUGUGGGGAUGACGUUCCAAAGAAAAAACAAGGUUAUUUGAAAAGAAGCUCACGUCCGCCUGGUAAAUGUGCGGAUUUUUGGAGAGCAGAAAAGAGGUUUCGUUUUUGGAUAAGGCAUACGGUCAAGACGCAGUGGUUUUAUUGGUUCGUUAUCGUACUGGUGCUGUUCAACACAAUAUGCGUAGCCGUCGAGCACUAUAGACAACCUAAGUGGCUUACUUCAUUUUUAUACUAUGCCGAAUUUGUGUUCUUGGGGUUAUUUAUGAUGGAGAUGUGGGUGAAAAUGUAUGCCCUCGGGCCGCGGAUUUACUUCGAGUCUUCAUUUAACCGCUUCGACUGUGUAGUCAUAUCUGGUUCUAUCUUCGAAGUAGUGUGGUCCGAAGUAAAAGGUGGCUCUUUUGGCCUCUCAGUACUUAGGGCCUUGAGAUUGUUGAGAAUAUUUAAGGUCACAAAAUAUUGGGUGUCGCUGCGUAACCUUGUUAUAUCUCUUCUGAACUCAAUGAGAUCUAUUAUCUCGUUGCUGUUCCUCCUGUUCUUGUUCAUAUUGAUAUUUGCUCUGCUGGGGAUGCAAUUGUUCGGUGGUCAAUUUAAUUUUGAAGAUGGUACACCGGCCACCAAUUUCAAUACUUUUCCAAUCGCGUUACUUACUGUCUUCCAGAUUUUAACAGGCGAAGAUUGGAAUGAAGUGAUGUAUUGUGGCAUUCAAUCACAGGGUGGUAUACAGAGGGGGAUGAUAUACUCGCUGUAUUUCGUCAUUCUCGUAUUGUUUGGCAACUACACACUGUUGAACGUGUUUCUUGCCAUCGCCGUCGACAAUUUGGCAAACGCACAGGAGUUAACCCAAGCUGAAGAAGAGCAAGAAGAGGAAGACAAGGAGAAACAGAGUAAAAACAAAAAGGAAGAAAAAGAGAAAGAGGAAGAAGAGAUACCAGACGGACCAAAACCAAUGCUGCCAUAUUCGUCCAUGUUUGUUUUGUCACCUACUAAUCCCAUAAGAAGAGGCGCACACUGGGUCGUAAAUUUAAAAUAUUUUGAUUUUUUUAUUAUGGUAGUUAUUAGUCUAAGUUCUGUGGCUUUAGCAGCCGAGGACCCCGUAGUUGAAGAAAGUACAAGGAAUAAAGUGUUAAACUACUUUGACUACGCUUUUACGGGGGUAUUCACUGUGGAGAUGUUGCUAAAGAUAGUGGACCUUGGCAUAUUAUUCCAUCCGGGCGCGUAUCUCCGCGAUCUAUGGAAUAUUAUGGAUGCCACGGUCGUUAUAUGCGCCCUUGUUAGCUUCGGUUUUGAGAUCGGAGGGAAAAAAGGGGCGGGACAAAAUUUGUCCACAAUAAAAUCGUUAAGAGUGUUAAGAGUGCUCAGACCUUUAAAAACUAUUAAACGUGUUCCAAAGUUAAAAGCAGUGUUUGACUGUGUUGUGAACUCUUUGAAAAAUGUCAUUAACAUUCUCAUAGUGUAUAUAUUGUUUCAAUUCAUAUUUGCUGUAAUUGCGGUUCAACUUUUUAAUGGUAAAUUUUUUCACUGCAACGAUAUCAGUAAGAAUACUUUAGAAGACUGCCAAGGGUCGUAUUUUGUCUACGAGCCAAGCAGUUUGUUACCGCGAGUAGAAAAACGUCUAUGGAGGACACAAUCGUUCCACUACGAUAAUGUGGCUUCCGCCAUGUUGACGCUAUUCGCGGUGCAGACGGGCGAGGGUUGGCCACAAGUAUUACAAAAUUCAAUGGCUGCCACGUACGAAGACAGGGGACCUAUACAAAACUUUCGAAUAGAAAUGUCCAUAUUUUAUAUAGUUUACUUUGUAGUGUUUCCGUUCUUCUUUGUUAAUAUAUUCGUAGCUUUGAUUAUUAUUACAUUUCAAGAGCAGGGUGAAGCUGAGUUACAGAAUGGUGAAAUUGAUAAAAAUCAGAAAUCAUGUAUAGACUUCACCAUAGAAGCGCGACCUCUAGAAAGGUAUAUGCCAAGUAAAAGAGGGAGUCUUAAGUACAAAGUAUGGAGAGUAGUAGUGUCUACGCCUUUUGAGUAUUUCAUCAUGGCACUCAUUGUGCUAAAUACAUUACUGCUUAUGAUGAAGUACUAUAAUCAAAAUGACCUCUACGCGGAUAUCCUCAAGUAUUCAAAUAUGGGGUUUACUGGAAUGUUUUCCGUGGAAACAGUGUUGAAAAUCAUCGCUUAUGGUGUCAAAAAUUUUUUCAAAGACCCGUGGAAUACUUUUGAUUUUAUAACGGUCAUUGGAAGUAUUAUUGACGCCCUCAUUAUGGAGUUUGGCAGUGACCUUGCUGAAAACUGUGCUGCUGACAUAUCCUGUCAGCAGGAGAAUACAUUCAACGUUGGUUUCCUUCGCCUUUUUCGAGCCGCGCGACUGAUCAAGCUGCUUCGACAAGGCUAUACUAUUCGAAUACUUCUCUGGACAUUCGUGCAGAGUUUCAAAGCCUUACCCUAUGUGUGCCUUCUCAUAGCAAUGUUAUUCUUUAUUUAUGCUAUCAUUGGGAUGCAGGUGUUUGGCAAUAUAGAUUUAGCAGCCGAGUCAGAUAUGAACAGGCAUAAUAAUUUUCGGAGUUUUAUUCAAGCACUUAUGUUAUUAUUUAGGUGUGCUACGGGUGAAUCGUGGCCGAAUAUUAUGCUAGCUUGUUUAAAGCCGGCCAAAUGUGAUAAAGCAGCCGACAAACCUUCAAACGAAUCCUGUGGCAGUACUCUCGCUUAUGCUUAUUUCGUUUCUUUUAUAUUUUUUUGUUCUUUUCUUAUGUUAAACUUGUUUGUUGCUGUCAUUAUGGAUAAUUUUGAUUAUUUGACAAGAGACUCUUCUAUUCUGGGUGCUCAUCAUUUAGACGAAUUUGUUAGAAUAUGGGCUGAAUAUGAUCCAAACGCGACAGGGAAAAUUCACUAUACAGAAAUGUAUGAUAUGUUAAAAAACAUGGAUCCGCCACUGGGAUUCGGUAAUAAGUGUCCAAACAGACUAGCUUUCAAAAAAUUAAUAAGAAUGAAUAUGCCGCUGGACGAAGAAGGGAAAGUUAAUUUUACGACUACACUUUUUGCCUUAAUACGAGAAAACCUCAGCAUUAAAAUGAGAUCCGCUCAAGAAAUGGACCAAGCCGAUGAAGACCUCAGAGAAACAAUAACCCACAUUUGGCCACUUCAAGCAAAGAAGAUGUUAGACCUGCUGGUGCCUCAAAGAGACGUUCUCAAUGCUGGAAAACUGACGGUGGGAAAAAUCUACGCAGGCCUUAUUAUUAUAGAGAACUGGCGAACGACAAGGUUUAAACCGGAUGCAAAUAGGGGCCAGGCAUUCAGCGAGAAUAGCCCAACGGCCAAUCAGCCGAUACUGGAGUUGCAAGAUGUAGGAUCUCACCACGCGUCUAUGGAAUCACUGGACGAAGCGAGAUUGCAAGCUCCUCACACAUACCAAAACGGACAUCACGGAAGAUCGUCGAGUUUAAGACGAACUCCCAGUCCACGACGAAGAGGACACUACGGAGGUUACCAUCACGAUAUCGGAUUCUCCGACACAGUCAACAACGUCGUCGAUAUAGUCAAGCACGAACACCAAAGACAUGGCCGAACACAUAGAGCGCCGCACCGGUACCACCCACAUGCAGGGAAGGAGUGGAGGGCGCCGUACCCCACGACCAGCCUGAGCCAGCCCUCGCGUUCGCCCAGCCCGCCACACCACACCUACGGUGGAGACCGCGAGCGCGAGAGGGAGCGCGAGUGGCGGGAGUGGCGCGAGCGCUCGUGGGAGCGCGAGGGGGGGAGGCGGGGCCGCGGCCGCCAGCUGCCCCCCACUCCGACUAAGCCGUCCACCUUACACGUUCAACAACCAGCACCGUUUUCAAGAAUCAGCCAUAGUCCUUCGCACUUAUCAUUGAGGCAUACGACGAGAGAACCGUUGGAGCCUUUGCACGACGAGUACGAGUACGGCAGAGAAGUUGAAAGACUGAUACACCGAGACUAUAGAUCUAGAGAAAGUGUCGAUGACCCCGGGCGUGAGUUCGGCAGGCGCGGCUGGGGCCCCGAGGCGGAGCGCGGCGCGCGCCACGAGGCGCCGCUGAGCUACGAGGCGGCGCUGGCGCUGGGCCGCGGCGCCGCGCGCGCGCUGCCGUCGCCCGCCGCCGCGCCGCGCCUGCCCAACGGGUACAAGCCACGCGCGCGCCACUCCGACUCCGACGAGGACGACUGGUGCUAGCGGCGCCGCCGCGCGCGCUCCCAGCGGGACGUGCGCGCGCCCCCCGCCCCCGCCCCCGCGCCGCCGGCGCACGCGCACACUUUCUGACGCGCCGCGCAGGACGUUAGCGCGCCCGCCCGCGCCCGCGCCGCGUG